AUGAAAUUCAAAAGGAAUUUAACCAUGAGAAAUCAUUCGAUGGUAACUACAUUCAUUCUUGUAGGACUAACUGAUGAUCCAAACUGGCAAAUUGUAAUCUUCCUCUUCCUAUUUCUAACAUAUUUAUUAAGUGUUGCUGGAAAUAUGACCAUAAUCCUGCUCACACUAUUGGAUUCCCACCUCAAAACACCCAUGUAUUUCUUUCUUCGAAUGUUUUCAUUCUUAGAAAUCUCAAUGACUUCUGUGUGCAUCCCUAGAUACCUGUUCAGCAUUAUGACUAUGGAUAAAACAAUUUCUUACGAUGCUUGUGUGGCACAAUUGUUCUUUGCCAUCUUCUUAGGUGCAUCAGAAUUUUUCCUAUUGGCUGCCAUGUCCUAUGACCGCUACGUGGCCAUCUGCAAACCCCUUCACUACGUGACCAUUAUGAAUAAUAGAGUGUGCACCCAGCUGGCUGUUACCUGUUGCUUGGCUGGGUUAUUAAUAAUCUCUCCUGCACUUAUCAUGGGCCUGGAUUUGGAAUUCUGUGAUGCCAAUGUUAUUGAUCAUUUUGGAUGUGACUAUGCUCCUGUUCUGAAAUUGUCCUGUUCAGACACACAGACCUUAGAACUGUUAAGCUUUAUUUUAGCCAUUGUCACGCUCCUGAUUACAUUGGCACUGGUGGUGCUCUCCUAUGCAUACAUCAUAAGAACAAUUCUGAGAAUCCCUUCUGCCCAACAGAGAAAGAAGGCUUUUUCCACUUGUUCCUCCCACAUGAUCGUUGUCUCCAUCUCUUAUGGCAGCUGCAUUUUUAUGUACAUUAAACCUUCUGCAGAGGAAAGGGUAGCUUUAAACAAGGGGAUAUCAAUACUUAACACUUCAGUUGCACCUGUCCUAAAUCCUUUUAUAUAUACCCUAAGAAAUAAACAAGUAAAACAAGCCCUGAAGGAUAUAAUUAAAAAAAUGACUUUUAUUACAUUAAAAAAAUGA